AUGUAUAGGUACUACACGCUUAGCAUCAUUCUGGGGACCGUCGCCUUUUCGUAUGGUUCGGUGCCAAUGUACAAGAUGAUAUGCCAAACAACCGGCUGGGGCGGCCAACCCGUGCGCGCACAUGGCGGCGGCAGCGGGAGCUCCUCCUCGACCACACCAGAGGAUCUAGCCGCCCGCCUCGAGCCCGUGACGGACGCCAAGCGGAUCCGCGUGACUUUUUCCUCGUCCGUGUCGGACGUGCUGCCCUGGAAGUUCACCCCCCAGCAGCGCGAGGUGCGGGUGCUGCCCGGGGAGACGGCGCUGGCCUUUUACACGGCGACCAACAAGUCCGACACGGACAUCAUCGGCGUCGCGACCUACAGCGUGACGCCGGCCCAGGUAGCGCCCUACUUCAGCAAGAUCCAGUGUUUUUGCUUUGAGGAGCAGCGGCUGGCCGCGGGCGAGACGGUCGACAUGCCCGUGUUCUUCUACCUUGAUCCCGACCUGCUCAAGGAUGUGAAUAUGAAGGGUGUUGAGACGGUGACGUUGAACUAUACCUUUUUUAAGGCGAGGUAUGAUGAUAACGGCAGGUUUAAGGGACCGCCCGGGUCUUGA